CGUAGGCUGCGUUUAGGUGACUUGGGAAGGUCACAGCAGUAGAGAAACCAGUUCCCUGUCUGCAAAUGGAGUGUGUAAACAUCCCCAAAUGUACUUUCUGUUCCAGCUAAAAGGCUUAAAGCGUUUUGGUUCUUUUCAGGCCCUUAUCAGUUUGGAGCUAGAUCCUGCUGCACUCUGGGACCCGAUCCAGGUUUCAUUUACUUCUGUUUGUCUUUUGAAGCCCUUGGAGCUAAAUUGCAGAGCUCCAGACAAGCCCUGUGAGGCCUGCUCAUGGCUCUGUGUGUUCUUGCAUAGGUUUUGUAUGUGUGUAGCUGAUUCCCGAGGUUGGAGCCGACUCCUGCUGAUUUCUGAAGGCUGAUCAAAGGGCACCAGCAUCACGUGAACCUGGCAAUGAGCUUCCAGAGCUGUAAGCAGAAGGCACAGGGUCACUGUGACACAGGAACCAGCAGCAGCAUGGACGACCAUUCCCCUCCCUCCUCUGGUGUUUGUCAUGAAUUUAAGCCCACUGUUGAUAGUACAGCUCCCAGAGCCAAAAGGCUGUUGCAUUCCUCAGAGCAGGUUCAGGCCCUGCAGUCAGCAAAGAAAGCCUGUGUGCUGAGUCAUGACUGUAGCACUCCAGACCCAGCAAGGGAACUGCUGCUCUGUUCCCCAGGCCCUGCCUGCUUCCAAGGAUCCCCUUGUUUUCUGGAUGAUGCUGGCCACAACAACCCUGUUGCCAGUUUUUCUGCAUCAAAAUAUGAUGAUGUGGCCAUUUCUUUAGACACCAGCAGAUGUUUUGAUGGUAGUGAGCCAGAUGAUGCCUUACUGGAGCUGUCAGACAGCAAAGAAGGGAAUUCUCCUUUCAGUUUCACUGAGGAAGAGAUCCAGGAAAUCUUGGCAGAUGAUUGUGUGGAAUCUGAGCAGUACCUAACUAGAAAGACAGUGCUGAGCCAAAAUGUGGAUGGAGAGAGUGAAAAGGAUGAGAGCAGGAGGAGCAGUGGGGCAUCAGCUGUGAGGGAAGGUGUGAUCACAGAGAACCCAAAUGAACUGUCCAGAGAGUGUUCUUCAGUCAGUUCUGAAGGUUAUCCCAGUCUUCCGAAUGAAAGUGCUGGUUUGGAUGAGAACCUCCCGCAGUUAACCCAAGUAACUCGCAUACUCUUUGACCUUGACAUCCAGGAGCUUCUGAAUCUUAGCCCAAUUGAUGCUGGUGAUGUGGAUGAGCUUCUGGAGGAUAACUGUUUGGAGGAAGCUAAAAAAGAAGCUUUAGAAACAGCCAGCAAUGAUAAAGCUGCUCAUAGCUGUGAUCUUGAAGCUUCCUUGGAGGAGCUGAUGUCCAAUGGCUGGCAAAGCUUGAGGAAGACUCCUUCUACCAGCAGCCACGUGCCUGACUUUGGUGCUGGUGGGGAAAGAUGCGUGCCCUCUGCCAACCAUAGUCCAGCCGAGGGUGGUUCAGUGCCUCUGGUGCUGAUGUGUUCCACACCAUCUUCUGCGUUCGAGAGCCAAGAACUUCCCAAAGCAACCAAGAGCCGUUUCUCAAGGAAACUGAGCUUUCCAGAGGGUGAUGAGGAUUCCACAGAAGCUGAACAGCCAUCAAUCAGCGUGGAAUCAGGUGGUACAGCUGGAGGCCAGAUUGAGCAGGAAGAGGCAACCAGUGGGAAGAAGCCUGGCAAAGUUAUUCCUGUGUCACAGGAGGAGGAAGAAAGCCUGAAACAAUGGAUAUGUGCUUUGGAAGCAGAGCUUGAGCCUUUCUAUCCAGAGUGUGCACAUCCAUAUGAAGAGAGCUGCAGCUCCUGCAACAGUCUCAUCCAAGAGCCAUCAACUGCAGAGGGUGAAAGGAAGGUGUUUGUGAAGAGCAGCUGUAGGCUUGGAAUUCAGCCCAACAGACAGCAUAGGCUUUCCCAGUUGCCACUGGAACACCUCCUCAGUGGGCUGACUGUGACCCUGUGUGGCACUUCUGGGCACCUGGAUCUGCAGCAGUGUCUUGCGUGGGAGAUGCAGAGAGGCAAAAUGAUCCCAAGGAAGUUCUAAAGGAAAAUGAGCAAAGGAAUUCCCUUUGGGAAGCAGUAACUAAUACAUUGCUAUGAAUCUUGAGCUCUGUUUUGUGUUGCAAAUCUCCUGGCAUUUGUCUUAUGGUAGUGCUUGACUUUGCUAUCCCCUCUUCCAUGUAAUCUCUUUCUGUAUCCUGUCUCUUGCUCCUUGCUUGUAUGUUGUCUGGGUGAAUUACAGGCUGGCUACAACAGAGGUUUUGUCUUUCCACUUACCUGCAUGGCACCUUUCUCUAUAAAUGCAGCUUGCUUAUAUGUGUUGGGUGAUUGUGUGCUAAAAGCUGCAGGCACAUGGGCAGUGUUUGAACAUCAACUAGUGGGAAGAAAUCCUUUUGUACUGAGAGUAAACUUCCCACAUCCAGGGAGCUGGGAAAUAACCUGUGGUUCUGGCUGGGCUUCCUCUCUAGUUUUAGAUGAGACUUAAUCUAAUAGAUUUAUUUGCAGCUUCCCAUAGGAAUCUAAAUGCUGCUGAGGCUGCGUUGGAGCAGCUGGAAAAACGAGAUGAGAUUUGAGCAUCUGCUUGUAAAUGCAUGGCUGGAACUGAUAAUUGACCACAAAAGCUUUCUGCCAGCUGACCAUUUGCUAGCUUCACACUUCAUUAUUGCCCUUUAUCCAGCAGUAAAUGGAAUUAUACCCUUCUUGAUGAGAUUCUCCUCAGCAAUUCUGGCUGGUUCUGUAUCAGGCUGCAGAACUCAUGAAGCUCCUGCUUUUGUAACUGUGUCUCCUGGCACUGUGUGUUCACACUUCGCUCUCAGCAGUGUUUGUAGCUGGAUAGGCCUAUUUUUAAACGGGCAGGGGAAGGACAAACUGAACAGAAAACACAUUUCCCUCUCUUAACCAUCUCUUGCUUUUCAC